GACUUUCAGAGCAUCCGAUCCCACUCCUCCGGCGCGCCCCUUCCCCCAUGCUGUGGAACUUCCUGGGAGCCUUGGCUCGCCGGCUCGGCUGGGCACCGAGCGCAGACGUGGUGCACGGGUCGGAGGCCCCACAGGUGGAUGAAGCAAUGACUAUAAGUGUUCUUCCCAAAUUGAAAAUCUGUUCUUUUUUUUGAAUAGGGGGACUUCCCAACCACUCAAUCGAUUUGUUGGUUUUCGAUUUUUCCAGAGGUUUCUGGGGCGUUCCGGCAUUCACAUACGCACUUUGAUCUAGGACGCAAGAAUUCUGCUUGGUGGUGUGAAAACGAGCGAAUCCCGGUGAAGCACCAUCGUGCCGAAGGACCAGCUGGAGCAGCACUGCGCUCGCUCGCGCAGUCGAAGCCGAAGUCGCGAGAAGCAGGAGAGAGCGGAUGAGGAUACGACGCCCAAAGAUGGCCGAACGACACCGCGACCGCUGGCUGAAGGAUUUGUAUCUCCUUGGCACACAAGUGGAUGAGCACCACUGUUUUAGACGGUGAAGAUAUCUUGGCUCUUGGUCGGUUACGAUCAAAUGAUGUGCAUUAGGACCACUUCAUCGUGUGUCUUGCAACAUGUGUAUUGCCAGUGCAGUCAUGUUGAAAGACCCUUUUCUUCUUGGCCUUACUUUCACGUUUAGGCCGCCCGAAAGCAGCUGCGGAAGACGAAGAAGCUCCAAAGCCGAGCUUCCAGGGGUCUCCUGCGGCCGCGCCGGGCGCGCCAGCGCCCACGGCGCCUGCAGCGCCUGCCGCAGCGGCUCCUCCUAUGUCGGAUGCCUUGGAUGUUCCACUCGUUGUGAGUGGCGGUCAGAAUCAGACCAUUCGUGAAAUUGUGAGAGGCACCUAUUUCCGCAGUGGCAGCAACCACGGAAAGCCCGUCUACAAGAAGAAGCGUGAGGUGAUAGAAGACGAUGAUGAUGAUUUGGAUGUUUUGAUAUACUUCUGGGAUGAGCGAGAUGGUGAUGAAAAUUGUGGCUGGUGGUUCAGCCCCAGCAUUGGUGGCGACAUGGUUUGGGCAUACCACCCCAGUCGCAAGGCUGCGAUGCCACCUUCAGCGGCCUGGAAUGUGCCGCACGAUGGGGCGAUCGACUCGAGCUUCUCGGUGACUCCACAGCGAAGCGCCGAGGCGAGAAGCAGGAACAAGGCGAAGAAGGAAGAGCCUUCGAGUGCGCCACGAGAGAGCAGUCGAAGCCGAAGUCGGCAGAAGCAGGAGACGGCGGAGAAAAGACAGACGAUGCUCCAAGAUGGCCGAACAAAGACAUUGAAAGGCAACGUGAAAGCAAAGGAAUCCGCACCGGCUUCCGCGGCUUCUUCGGCUUCUGCGGCUUCCGCGGCUUCUGCGGCAGCGCAAGCAAAUCCCUUGGAUGUUCCACUCGUUGUGAGUGGCGGUCAGAAUCAGACCAUUCGUGAAAUUGUGAGAGGCACCUAUUUCCGCAGUGGCAGCAACCACGGAAAGCCCGUCUACAAGAAGAAGCGUGAGGUGAUAGAAGACGAUGAUGAUGAUUUGGAUGUUUUGAUAUACUUCUGGGAUGAGCGAGAUGGUGAUGAAAAUUGUGGCUGGUGGUUCAGCCCCAGCAUUGGUGGCGACAUGGUUUGGGCAUACCACCCCAGUCGCAAGGCCCUGACCCCACCUCCAGCCGCCUGGAAUGUGCCACACGACAUGCCGAUCGACGUGACCUUCUCGGUGACCCCGGCGGCGGAUACGCGCGCCUGAUGCGAGGGCCUGACGUGGAUGCAGCGAUCCUGCCUUGCCGAUGCCUUUUCACACAUUCAUUUUUCGCGUUCACAUGAUGGUUCUGGAGGG